AUGAACAACUCAGGCAGUGGAGGUUCUUCUCCAUUUGUAGAAAGCCCCGAUUUGGUUUCGGACGGACACCUACAUACAGAGCGCAAGGAUACUCCAAUAGACGUGGAUAACUGGAAGUACAAGUAUGAUAACUUGCUAAACCAAUACGAAAUAGAGAAGGUGAGGUGGCAAAAGGAGCAGUACGACUCUGAGAAAAGCCAUGAGGCACUUCAUCUUCAACUCGAGAAAGCGCGAAAUGAGAUUGACCAACUGGUGGAAAGUAAACGCUUCCUAGAGGCUCAGUUGCAAUCUCAACACCCCCAAAACACACAAAAAGAAUGGUCUCAUGAAGAUAAUAAGGUUAAUAAUAAUUCUAUGAAUAACGACUAUAUGCUUUUAGAGGAGAAAUAUAAAUCAGAUGUGUUUCACCUUGAUAACAGCGUCAAUGAAUUGAAACUUGAACUGACUAGUUGUAGAUCUUUAUUGAAAAAAUAUGAAGAAGUUAUAGAACAACAGUCAGAACAAAUAAAAGAAAUAAAAAAAACUCUCAAAAAGAAGGAACAAGAGCUAGAUGAAAUUGAAGUCAAUCGGUUGAAACAAGCUCAUAAUGCAACAAAUACCGAGGAAAUAAGACAACAAACUAAUGAAAAUGCUAGUUUUUCCAAUGGGUACAAUACACUUAUGUCUAUGAAGAACUCUGUUAAUUACUGGAAAAAUGAAAACCAGCAGCUAAAUCAAAAAUUAAGCGAAUACAGCGAUAUAUACCAGCAACUCCAGGAGGCGCAAUUGGAAAUAAUGGAACUUAAAGCUAAUUUAGAGGAAUGGAAUAAAUUUUUAUCAAAUAAAAAGCAACAAGAUAACAGCAAUGACUAUAGCAUUGAUCAUUUUAUUAUUGAAUUUGAAUCACAGAGAAGAGAAUUGAACAUGGUUACAGAAGAAUUAGCAGAAGUUAAGAAAAGUUAUUAUAAUAGCAAAAUACUAAAUGAUGAAUUAGCCCUUGAGCGGAAUCAACUAUUGAAAUUAAAGGAUGACUAUGAAAAUAAUAUAAUAAAUUUAGAGAAAUUGAAUCAUGAACUUGAGCAACAAAAAGUUUUGCUUGAAGAAGAAUGUUCAUUACUCAAAAAUCAAAUCCCUACUAAAGAAAACUUAAACCAACAAAUAAGAAGCACCAACCGAAACGAUGCAGAAUAUGAUUCAUUAUUGGACAAUUAUAAGCAGGAAACAGAAAAUUUGACCAACGAGUUGAAACGUUUGAAUGAUAGUUUAAUAGAACAAAAUAGAAAUCAAGGAACAGAAAUGAAAAAAAGGAAGCUGAGAAAUGGUGAUCAUAUAAAUAUUAAUUACUCUCAAAGAUUGAACGAGUUACAACAGAACAAUCUAUCAUUAGAGAAAGAUAAUGAAAAACUAAGACUGGUAGUAGAAAAAUUAGAAGGUAAGCUUGAUGAUUUGAGAAAGACGAAACCCAAAAACAUAAGAAUCCUACAACAAAGGGAUUCACCAUUGUUAAAGCUACAAUUUGUCAGAAGAAAGGAAAAUGAGCUACUUAGAGAAGAGAACCAAAAUCUCUUGACGAUGAUUGAGAAUAUUACAGAAAAUCGGAAUGAGAGCUUUGACAAAAUACCAUUGACAUCUUACAACUCUUUGAAGUACCAAUACGAAAUUUCAAUGGAUACGAACAAGAAACAAGAGAAAAAGUUUAGCAGGUUGAAACAAAUUUUCAAUAAGAAAUCAUUGGAAUUUAUCGAUGUUGUGAAUUCACUUUUGGGUUUUAAACUAGAAUUUCAGCAGGAUGGCAGAGUCAAGAUAUACUCAUGCUACAUGCCAAACAAAUAUCUGAUAGCCAAUCUAGUAGAUAACACAUUGAAAUCGAAUUUAGACACAGUAAUAUCUGACUGGGAUAGUUUACUCAAUGAUUGGGUUGUCGAAAAAGGUCAACUACCUUGUUUUCUUGCAUCAUUAACACUCCAACUAUGGAAAAUGGAGAAUGACUCAUGA